CGACUCUAAAUUUUACCAAUUGAAAGGCGCAUGCAAUUCCCGAUCGGACAGUGAUUGCCGCAAUACUGGAAGACGCCCUCAAAUCUGCAGGAAACGGACAAAACAAGGAAAGCUGUUUGUGCACGCUAUGCAUCCUCAGGAGCAAUGUUUUAUAUUGCAAAUCAGUACUUCUGUAACAACUAUUGCAUGCCUCAAUAUUGGUCCUGCAUCCUGUUUCUAGCGGCAAGGCCGAUCUGCGAUCCACGGCAAAGCCGUUCUACAGUUUAUAUCUAUUAAAUGACCGCCGGAGCCGCGCAGCCUUCAAACCAGUCUUAACGAAAGAAUUUUUCUCACGUUCAGUCAGCUGUCGACUGCCAUGGGCUCUGCAGGCGCAUCCGCAGGGGCCGACUCCUCUGCAUGCCCGUUCAUGUGCACUGCCUCGGGGCUGUUGGCCGCCUCCGGCUUGUUGUCGGCGUCAGACGUGGCCGGGGCGUCAGCGUCCCCCAUGGCUGCGUCCGCUGCUGGCUUGCUCUCCGCCUUGGGCGCCCUGUCGGGCAGCUUGGCCAGCUUCUGGAACAUGGUCUUGGGGAACCUGGUCCCCCUGUUUGAGCGCAUCUUUGCAGAUCAGCUGACCCCAGUCACCGCCUACCGCUGCCUCGUGGCAGAGGAUGACCGCGAAGCGCCCUCCUUCCUCUUUGAGAGCGUCGUCAAUGGCACCCAGACGGGGCGGUACAGUUUUGUGGGAGCGCAGCCGGCGAUGGAGGUGGUGGCGCGGGGGCACAGCGUGACAGUGAUAGACCACGCCAGCCAGCAGCGCAGCACGCGCAUUGAGGACGACCCAAUGGAGGUCGCCGUCAGGCUGAGCGCCGACUGGCGGCCGGUGCCGACCGACGGCCUCCCCGCCGUGUUCACCGGCGGCUGGGUCGGCUACUGCGGCUACGACACUGUGCGCUACGUCUACUCGGGCAAGCUGCCGUUUGAGUCUGCGCCAAAGGACGAGGACGGUCUGCUGGAUCUGCACCUGGCGCUGUACAACAACAUCAUAGUGUUCGACCACGCCACCAAGCUGGCGUACUGCGUGGCCUGGGUGCACAUGGGCGCACAUGCCGGCGUGCCGGAGGCCUACCUGGCCGGCAAGAGAGCCCUGGCCGCCAUGACCGACCGCAUCUCUCCCCUGCGCACCCCCAACCUCCCCCUCGGCAAGGCGACGCUGUCACUGACGAGGCAGCCAAAGCCGCCGGCGACGUCCAACAUGAGCCGGGAGCAGUACAUCGCGUGCGUGGAUGAGGUUAAGGAGCACAUCCAGGCCGGCGACAUCUUUCAGCUAGUCCUCUCCCACCGCUUCAAGCGCCGCACCUUCGCAGACCCCUUCGAGGUCUACCGGGCGCUGAGGGUGGUGAACCCGUCGCCGUACAUGAUCUACCUGCAGGCGCGCGGCUGCAUCCUGGUCGCAUCCUCCCCAGAGAUCCUCUGCCACGUCAGCGAGGACCGCGUCGUCACCAACAGGCCGCUGGCGGGUACGCGGCGGCGGGGGAAGACUCCGGAUGAGGAUGAGGCGCUGGAGGGGGAGCUGCUGAGUGACGAGAAGGAGUGCGCGGAGCACGUCAUGCUCGUUGACCUCGGCCGCAACGACGUCGGCAAGGUAUCGGAGGCGGGGUCGGUGAGGGUGGAGAAGUUGAUGGAGGUGGAGCGCUACUCGCAUGUCAUGCACAUCAGCAGCACCGUCACUGGCCACCUGCAGCCGCAGCUCAAUGCCUGGGACGCCCUCCGCGCCGCGCUGCCUGCCGGCACCGUCUCUGGCGCCCCCAAGGUGCGGGCGAUGCAGAUAAUAGACGAGCUGGAGUGCGCCAAGCGCGGCCCGUAUGGGGGCGGCAUCGGGCACGUCUCUUUUACGGGCGGCAUGGACAUGGCGCUUGCGCUGCGGACCAUGGUGAUUCCUACGGCCGCUACGGACACGCUGUACGAUUACGGCGUUGACAAGAGCCGCCGCGAGUGGGUCAUCCACGUACAGGCCGGCGCCGGCCUCGUCGCCGACUCGGUGCCCGCAGCAGAGUAUGAGGAGACGGUCAACAAGGCCGCAGGGCUGGGUCGUGCUAUUGACCUGGCUGAGCAGGCGUUCCUGCAAGCACCUGCUGAGGGGAGAUAG